UAGUUUUCUUGCUUAGCAUAGAUAAAACGUGAUAAACCAUGAAAAUAACUGCCAAAGCCGAAUCGGACCGGAAAUGGAACCUCGACCCGAUACAGCGGGCGAUGGGCCAGCUCGGUUGGUGGCACAUUCUCGUGUGUGCCGUCAUCUUCCCGCUAAAGUUCCCGGUGGCGUGGCAUCAGAUGAGCAUCAUCUUUCUCGGACCGUCCGUUAACUACACCUGCGAUUCCGAGCCACCGCUCGACAGAUGCGAUGCGGCCUGUACGAGCUGGAGCUACGAUAACAGCACCUUUGCCACGACCAUCACGAGCGAGUGGGAUCUGGUGUGUGGCAAUGCGAAUCUGGUCAAACUAUCGCAAACCAUCUUCAUGUUCGGCAUCCUGGUCGGUGGCGUCGUGUUUGGAUCCCUUGCAGACAAAUAUGGCCGAAGACCUCCGCUAGUGAUCGCGGUCAUCAUUCAGCUCGUGACGGGAGUUGGUGCCGCCGUCAUCGGUUCGUUCUGGAUAUUCGUAGUGCUCCGAUUCCUCACAGCUGUCGCCACUGGAGGCACUAUGGUGACGAGCUUCGUGCUUGUGAUGGAGAUUAUUGGCCCCAAGUGGCGUGAGCUAUUCUCCGUACUCUACCAGAUCCCGUUCAAUCUGGGCCAUCUGACAUUGGCCGGGUUCGCUUACUAUCUGCGCGAAUGGCGCCAGCUUCAGUUCGCACUAUCGAUCUUCUCCGUGCUGAUGCUGUCCUACUACUGGUUGGUACCGGAAUCACCCCGCUAUCUGUUCACCUCCGGGAAUGUCGACGGUGCUGUAACGGUACUGGAGCAAGCGGCCAAACGUAACAACCUGCAGACGGACACGAUCCGCAACGAUAUCGAGCAGUACGCGAAGGAAAAGUCACGCAACGCACCCGCCAACGCGUCAAAGGGCAACGUGCUUGAUCUGUUCCGUACGCCGAACAUGCGCGCCAAGACGCUGUACAUGUGCUUCAACUGGUUCGUCUGUGGACUGGCGUUCUUCGGGGUCGCACAGUACAUCGGUCAUGCGGGUGGUGAUAUCUACACGAACGUAGCGAUCAGUGCGGCCCUCGAGCUGCCCGGUACGCUGCUCUGCAUCUACAUGAUGAAGGCGUACGGUCGUAAGAAGACGCUCAUCUUUUCCAACACCCUGACCGGUAUCUCGAUGCUGGCGAUCGCAUUUGUACCGAGCACGGCAAGCACCCUAAACGUGGGCCUGGCAUCAGUUGGGCUGGUCGGCAUGAGUAUCAGCUUCCCCACCGUGUACCUUUAUGCGGGUGAGCUUUUCCCGACCGUGGUGCGUAACGUCGGUAUCGGUACGGCUUCGAUGAUAGCCCGGUUCGGUUCGAUGAUUGCCCCGUUUGUGGCGGGUAUGGGCUCGAUCGCCUACUGGUUGCCACCGUGCAUCUUCGGCCUGGUACCGCUUGUCGGUGCGUUCUGUGUAUUUUUCCUGCCCGAAACCCAAGGCCAUCCACUGCCGGAGACGCUGGAGGAUGGAGAAAACUUUGGCAAACGUGUGUCGGGUGCGGGUACCAACGGAACGGCGAAUGUAGAAAAUGGAAAGCACUAGAAUAUGAACGGGUGGUAAAACAUACCCAUGUGAGCAUUUUUAAGUGUAGGGUUUUUGUUUUGUUUUGUUCCUUUCCCACUGGAUAUCUCUCAAGCGACACUAUGUGUUCAUGUUUGCCUUAGCGGAAAGGGACAUUAGACGCAGAGCCUUCUGUUGGGAUGCGUCGUUAAUCGUUAAUGUGUAGCAAUUAAUUUACACAAAACUGUGUGUUUUUUUACUAUUAAUCUGUAAGUAGUCUCUCAAACAACAACAACGAGCAGAGAUCAAAUGAAACCUCAAACAGGAUCCUCACAAUGACAAUGUAGCGUUAGAUAUAAACUCAAAUUUUCCCAUCCCAAGGGGUGGCAACAUGAAAAAAUCCAAAACCGACUAUAGAGAAGUGAUAAAUAAAUGUAAACACAAA